CUAUUCUGUGGUACUUCGUAGCAUUUACUCUGUGCAACUAAGUCUGAUAAUUUUCGACAGGAGAACGCAAUUCAAUUUUAUAUAUUUUAAUUGAAUAUCAAAUUAACUCCGGGUUUAAAAUGACUUCCGUUGUACGAGCGGGGCAUCUAGCACCGUAUUUUAAAGCUUCAUCUAGUGUGAUUUCCAAUGGGCUCAAACCUGUGUCGGCCGUCGCCACUCCUGUAGACAAGCUGGUCUCGCAAUCCCUGCCUUACACCUCGACAGUGCAGUCACUCCACGGCUCGUUACCAAUUCAGGGCUUGAAAGUUAGACAAAGUACACAAUCACCAACUCAAGUCCGAUAUGCACACUCGGAUGUUGCAAUUCCCGAUUUCUCUGCGUACCGUCGCAAGGACACCCUGGACCCAACUGUUAAAGCUGAGGAACAUACAGAUGGCCGUAGUUCCUUUACAUACCUCAUUGCUGGCGCGGGCAGUAUGGCGGGCGCCUACGCCGCCAAGUCGGUGGUGACGCAGUUCGUGUCGUCGAUGGCGGCCGCCGCCGACGUGUUGGCGCUGGCCAAGAUCGAGAUCAAGCUCGCGGAGAUCCCCGAGGGAAAGUCGGUGACGUUUAAGUGGCGCGGGAAGCCUCUGUUCAUUCGUCACCGGACAGCCAAGGAGAUCGCCGUCGAGAAGGCGGUGCCUCUGGAUGUGCUGCGCGACCCGCAGCCCGACGACGCGCGCGCGCAGCAGCCCGAGUGGCUCGUCGUACUCGGCGUGUGCACGCACUUGGGCUGCGUGCCGAUCGCCAACGCCGGGGACUUCGGCGGCUACUACUGCCCCUGCCACGGGUCGCAUUACGACGCGUCGGGCCGCAUCCGCAAAGGGCCCGCGCCGCUCAACCUCGAGGUGCCGCCGCACACCUUCGGCGAGGACGGCAUCCUGGUGGUCGGCUGAGCCGGGCUUCUCCUCCUAACUCGAUACUUAUUUAUUUAAGCCCUAUGUGUUAUUGUAUAGAAACGAUUGAUCGAUAAAUAUAAAACCUAUUUAAA